CGAAGCAGCUCGCCGCCGCAUCUUCCAACGGUGCUCUGCGGCGCCGAUGAGUGCUUGAUACGGCGGCUGGUUGAGGUUGCGGCUCCGACGUACAGUAAGUCAAAAUUAUCCAGGUGUGGCAUGGUUUUAUUCUUUUAUGUGAAGAUCGAGUCAUUCCCAAGUGGAUUAAGUAAUGAUUUCUAGUUCCCCUAUGUCUGCUGUUUGAUUUCAUGGAAUUUCAUACGCAUCAUGCUAGGGCUCAUUGAAUAUUGGGUUCCUGAAAGUGAAUUGAGCACUGGCCAUGUUUGAUCAUAGGGGAUUAAGCACUCUUUUUGGUGAGCGACUGACUUGCUUAAUUAUACUCUGUUUCAGGGAAAGAAAGCCCGUUUUUCACUCGUGGGGAGGCUGCAAGGCAACAAGCUUGGGAAAUGCAGAAUAACCAAGAGGACACAAACUACAACAAGUAGUUCAACGGCAGAGGAGGAAAGGUUAGAUUCAUGCCAGAGAAAGAAGCCAAUGAAAAUAGCGAUCCCGACGUCGCGCCAAUUGCUCGGCUCCAGCCACUGAACUGGAUCCGCCGGCGGCAACACUUCAAUUUCAUGCAGACUCCAGAACAGAGGUGCACUUCUCCGGCGUUGAGAAACACAGCCACAGGUCGUGCGGUGGGCACGGGUCAUGCACACCUCGCACGGCAGGACGCCGCACCGCUUCCCCAUGGCGGCCACAAGUGCGUCCGCCUUCAUCAAAUCGCCACCAUCUCCAUCAGCACGUGCCCACGGGACAUCCAUGGACGGCGUCCGCGCGAGGAGCACAUGGCCUGUCACUGGGCGGAGACAGGGCUCUCCCCGCCGCGCCACCUCCGCCCGAGGAGCAAGCUGCGGCUCGGGCCACCGGCGGAGACGGGUGGGGGAGGCACGACUUGGUAGCCACCGGCGACGGGAGGUGGAUAGGCGCCGAGGUUGCUGCCGUCGCCGUCGACGGAACUAUGUGUCACGGUGGCGCCGCCCAUCGCCCAUCGUGCGGGAUCAUUCGUGGUGGACCGCUAUUUGGGGAAGCUAGGAAUUGCGGCUUGCUUUGACCAGGAGACGACCAGAUUUUCUGACCGCGGGCCCUCUUUGUUGACAUGGCUGACGUGCACGUCGCCGCGUACGCGAGAAGUAGGCGCAUACGUAGCUCAGGACUGGUUGCACGAGUUGCAGGGCCGUAUUGACAUCGUAUUGUCAAGUUUAGGGAUCGUAUGGAAUCAGUUUC